AAUGUUCCUAUUGCACUACUGUUCUCUGUCAGAUUUGUAGUGAAGUUUUUGGAUGGUGUCUGGUCUGAUAGCAGACUAUGAUCAAAUGUCUUUCCUUUCAGGAGGGCCUUGAUGUCAUAUUUCACCAAAACAUGGCCCAGUGGCCAUUUCUUCUCUACCGGGCAGCAGACACUACGCACGCUUCAAAACGGUUCCUGAGGAAGAGCCAGAUGGGGCGGUACAGUACGAUGAUUCAUUGAUGGAGCUGGACUACGUUGUUGGACAGAUCCUGGCCUGGCUGCGUGCUCUGGGCAUCGAAAAGGACACCUUUGUGUUCUUCACCUCAGACAACGGGGCCGCAGUGAUGUCCGGCCCCAAGCAAAGUGGCAGUAACGGCCCGUUUCUCUGUGGGAAAGAAACUACAUUCGAAGGGGGCAUGAGGGAACCUGCCGUCACCUGGUGGCCUGAACACAUCCCAGCAGGCACGGUGAGCCAGCAGCUGGGGACUGUGGUGGAUCUGUUCAGCACCAGUCUGUCUGUGGCUGGCUUCAGCGUUCCAGACGAUAGUCUCAUAGAUGGACUGGACCUCAGCCCUGUCCUCCAUAACAACACACUCAUCAACAGGCCCAUCUUCUAUUACCGCGGCAAUGAGAUGAUGGCAGUCAGGGUUGGGCCUUACAAGGCCCACUAUUGGACGUGGAGCAACUCGUGGGAGGAGUUUAACCAAGGCAUUAACUUCUGUCCAGGCCAAGAGGUGGCAGGCGUGACCACCCACACCCAACAGGAGCACACAAUGCAGCCACUCAUCUUCCACCUGGGGCGGGGCCCCUGGGAGAAAUACCCUAUCAGUGCUGUGACUAAGGAGUACCAGGAUGCACUGAGUCGGAUCACAGCAGUGGUGGAGAAGCAUAAGAAGGGUCUGGUACCAGGUGUGCCCCAGCUCAAUAUGUGUGACAUGGCUGUCAUGAACUGAGCACCUCCAGGAUGUGAAAAGUUAGGAAAAUGCCUUAAAGCCCCCAAGUCACAGCCGUGGAAGUGUGACUGGCCGCAUUAGCUAUCUGUUUCAGCGCCACCCUGGGAAAAGGGAGGAUGUCAGCGAAGAUGCUGCCUUGAUGAAGAGCCAUUUUCAGGAAUUCAACUUGAAUUUCUAUUUGUUUUUAAGUUGUAAUGUUGAAACAGAACAACAUAUGGUUUGAAUGGAGGACGUUAUAAUGGGAUGAAUGCUGUCUGGGUUCCAUAUGAUUAUUAAUUGAAUGAAGCUGAUUUGCAAUAGCUUUUUUUUUAAUGAUGCCAUCUCUGUAGAUGAUUUCUCUCUCUUUACUUACUUAUGCACUAUUGUGGAACAAACUGUUUUAACUAGAAUUAAACAACGUUUCAUUUUUAUGCAACGUUGUUUU